UGUCUGCUGACCUGUUGCAUUAAACUUUCAGCACGGUGUUGAACUCUCCAUGUCAGAGCCCAGGUUUGGUUACACUUGCAGCUCUCAACGUUCUGCCAUACUAAGGCAAUACACAAACAAAACUAGUUUUAAAAUGGCUAUUUUUGCUGAUAAAUCCCUGACUUUUCUACGUGUUUACGCGUUUACGUUCAUGAUGAUAGCGUAUGGCCUCUUCAUAGUCGUCGGUGCUGUUGUUUUGAUGAUAUUGGAGCAACCUGAGGAGAAUUUGCUGGUUAAAGAGGUCCGUGAACUAAAAGCUCGUUUUUUGGCAGAUAACCAAUGUGUUGAGGAGAGCAGUUUGGAUCAACUGUUGAUGAACGUGCUUUCUGCGAGUAAACGCGGCGUGGCCACACUGGACGGUGAUGAAUGCAACUUCGACUUCACGUCUUCGCUGUUUUUCGUCAUUACCUUCCUCACGACCACAGGUGAGCAGCAGUCAGGUUACGGCACCACUGUUCCUCUUUCGGAUGAGGGCCGUGUGUUCUGUGUUGUUUACUGUCUUGUGGGCAUCCCGUUUACCCUGCUGCUGCUGUCCAGCCUCACUCAUGCCCUCCUGCCCUGGGUAACACACACCCCUAUUCACAACCUUCAAGUCUUCUGGGGACUGUCUCGUAACCAUGCAGCGCUGCUGCACUGCAGCGUUCUGGCCUUUUGCACAGCGACAUUGUUCUUUCUUCUGCCUGCUGGUGCCCUCUGCCUGCUGGAGAACGACUGGAAUUACCUCGAGUCGCUGUAUUUUUGUUUUAUCUCACUUAGCACGACAGGACUUGUUGACUACCUCCCUGGGAGGACGCAAAGCCGAGCAGCACGUCAGGGGCUGGAGUUUGCAACCUCCUGUUACUUGAUGCUUGGACUGACUGUCUUGCUUGUCGUUAUGGAAAGCUUCUGGGAACUGCAGCAGGUUCAAGGCAUUCUGCGUUUUUUCGCUGGACCGCGGCAGGGUGAGCUGAAGGGGGUGGGUUUGGAUGAGCUUGUGCUCAGUGGAGACAUGGCAGGUGCAGAGGAGGAACCUCAUUACUCUCUUCCUAUAUCCACCAUCUCCCCUGCUUUCUCAGACUCACCUGCCACUCCAACAAUAGAGCUGCCACCGAUCUUUGGCCUGACACCCAUAGCGUCUAGCAAAGAAAAUGUUCCCUCUUCACUAAGACCAUCCCCCACUCCAGAUAUGUGUCAGUCUACUUCCACUAGAUAACUGAUACAAUGGAACUGGACAUUGAAAGAAGAAUAAAUAAUAUCCAAGAAUGAAGCUGACGACCACUGGGUGGCGAUAUUGGUUCAUUUCAUUUCAUUGUUGUUCGUUUUCUUCAAUACUUUUUGGCUUGAGUCAAUACAAAUCUUUAUUUAUUUAUCAUUUAGAACUUGGUUUAAGCAUAUCUUUUUUUCUUUUAAGUAUAUAGUCAACUUACUAAAUGCAUGAUAUAUUUCUAGUUUUUUUUUUCUGGAUUUAUUUAUCUUGAAAUUUAAGUCCACACAUUCGAUACAAAGCUUUUCUAAUUUAUUUAUUUAAUCAACUUCAUUUAUUUAUCAUAUUAAAUUAGGAUUUUUUAAAUUUUAAUUUGCCCACAUACAUUUGUAAUCUGUAAGUAUUUUAACAUCAUAUAUGUGUUAUUUAUUCUAAAAAUUUGAAAAACAAUAUCCAAUACAUAAGUAGUCAAGGUUUAAAAUCACACUUAUUCCUUGUAUAUUAAGGCAAGACACUGCAGGUAAAUAGGGUAAAAAAAAAACAAAAAAAACUAAUGGUUAUCGCCUUACUUACCCAGUUGAUUGAUUACAUUGAUUUUCAAAUUUUCUAAAAUGUUAAGUUUAAAUAUGCAAAUGAGGCACUAUUUAAUGAAAUAUGCACUCAUUUGUAUAAAUUUCUAGUACACUGGAUAAAGUCACUUUUAAAAUACUUGUUUAAUUUUUUGACAUAUUAGAGUCAUGUUUUUACAGAGUAAAUCUUAUUUUUGUCACUCCAUAAUUCAGAAAACACUUAGAACAGAUAGAAAACAAUAUAUUUUCACAGUUUUGGGGGGAAUAAAAUGUUGUCUAUAAUCAAGCAAAAAUAUAUAUAUGAACAAGUCCCUCUGUAAAAACCUUCAGGAUAUAGACAGAAAUAAAAAUGUAAAGUUUGGUGUGUGUAAGUGCUAUUGAAGUGGAGAUUUAUGGCUCAGUGUAGGAGUCAAUUUGUCAUUUUGAGAAAACGGCCUUUAACAAUAUGUAAUGUAAUUGAAAUCUAUUAGAUAAAGUGCUAUAAUAGAUAAAGUGCUAUGAAA